AUACAUAAUAACUUAUAUAUAUAUAUAGAAGACAGAGGGCAAAGAAGAGACAUUAUCAGAAACAGAGUUCUUCUUUUGUCUCUAAUUGGUCUCUCUUUUUUCCGCGAGUAAAAAGAUAACAGCGUUCCACGAAACCUCUUUACAUCGUAUAUAGUGUAGCGUUCAUGGCUUUAUCUCUUGGGUACUUACAAAGAGGCAACAGUUUCAAGAAAGAUUCGCAAGAGUGCGAAACACCGAGACUUCUGAAAAGCCCAGUAAAAAUGUAUCUGGAGAAGACUUUAUCGUUCAAAGAUUUGGUCGAGAAGGGGAACAAAUACAAAGAUGAGAAUUUUGGGGUCAAAACGAGAAAAUGUGUAAACCUGAAGGGUCCUAAACCAGAUAACAUGGUUCUUGAGAGGAGUCUCUCGUUCACAACUCUAGUCCAGGUAGAGCACAAGGAAGAAGAAGCAGUCUCGUCUCCAAAACGUAGGAACUGGGGCAAAAUGGGAAUCUCAGGGAGUUUAACGGCGUUAAGUUUACCACAACCCCCACCGUUUUGGUCUCCGAGACCAUCAACCGAGCUUGACGCUGCCGCUGUUACGUUACAAAAGGUUUACAAGAGUUACCGAACGCGUCGAAAUCUCGCUGACUGUGCAGUAGUUGUUGAAGAAUUAUGGUGGAAAGAAUUGAAAUUGGCAUCGUUAAAACCGAACCGAACCAACCAGACGGCUGUGUCUAGGUGGGCAAGAGCUGGAACAAAAGCAGCAAAGGUAGGGAAAGGCUUGUUGAAAGAUGAUAAAGCCCAGAAACUAGCUUUGCGACAUUGGUUAGAAGCUAUUGAUCCACGUCAUCGGUACGGGCAUAACUUACACUUAUACUACGAUGUUUGGUCAGUAAGCGAGAGUAGUCAGCCAUUUUUCUUCUGGUUAGACAUUGGAGAGGGCAGGCAAGUGAAUCUCACCAAUUGUCCAAGAACUCUUCUUCAACGACAAUGCAUCACUUACCUUGGUCCGAAAGAGAGACAAGCAUACGAAGUUGUAGUGGAAGGAGGGAAACUAGUCUACCGACAAAACAAGAACCUCGUUGAGACCAUCGAAGGAACAAAGUGGAUCUUCGUGUUAAGCACGACAAGAAAACUAUACAUUGGUCAGAAGGAAAAAGGUCGGUUUCAACAUUCGAGUUUUCUCUCCGGUGCCGCCAUUACUGCCGCCGGUAGAAUUGUUUCACACGGCGGAGUUGUAGAAGCUGUGUGGUCAUACAGUGGUCAUUAUCGCCCGACGGAAGAGAAUUUUCAAGAAUUUAUUGGGUUCUUAAAAGAAAACAAUGUGGAUCUUACUAACGUCAAGUUGAAUCCUAUUGACGAUGAUAAGUAUAUUGUCUCUAAUGAUGGAAGCACUAAACCGUCAAAAUCUGACGGUCAAGAUGAAACCACGGUCGUUCCGGUUGAACCGCCGGUACAGGAUUCCAGAGAACAAAAACGUUUUAUGUGCAAAUGGAGUACCGGAAAUGGGCCUAGAAUCGGGUGUGUGCGAGACUACCCUAUGGAUUUGCAGAUCCGGGCGCUUGAACAAGUCAACCUUUCUCCUCGUGUGGUCAACGGAAAGAUGGGAUUAUUUGGUCCAAUACCUUCGCCAAGGCCCAGUCCAAAGAUUCGUGUCUCUCCUAGACUAAUUUGCAUGGGUCUUCCAAGUCCGAGAAACUAAUUUCUCAUUUCUUUUUCCUGAUCUGAUCAUUCAAUGUUCUUUUUGUCACCUCUGAUCCUUGGGUGAUUCUUUAACAUGGGUACAACUUGUACUCAUUUCAAAUAAUUUAACUUUACAUCACUUUUAAGGUUGUAAUAACCUUUUAUUUACAUUGUAACACCGUUUCAAAAUCAUUAUUUUAUUUAAGAAUUAAUAA